AUGUUCUUCUCCUCCGCGAGGAAGCCCCCCGCGGAAGGCUCCCCGAAGCGGGACGCCGCAGCCGCCUCUGCAGCAGCAGCAGCAGCAGCAGCAGCAGCAGCAGGGGGGGGCGCGGGCCCGUGCGUCGUGGGCAUUCUGCUCUUCAACCCCACGCUGCAGCCGGAGCCCGCCGCGCCCGCGGCCGCGGCCGAAGACCCUGCAGCAGCAGCAGCAGCAGCAGCAGCAGCAGCAGCAGCAGCAGCAGCAGCAGCAGAGUCGGGAGAAGAGGAAGAAGAGGGCCUUUCGCGCGAAGAAAAAGAACAAGAAGCAAAAGUGGUCUUCAGCUUUCCCAGAGACAGAGAGCCGGAGGAGCGGCGCAGCCAGGCGGGGCUGCUGGAGGGGCUUUUGCUGUUCACCAACAAAAGCUUUCUUUCACGUGAAAUGCUGCAGCAAGCAGCAGCAGCAGCAAGCAGCCAGCAGCAGCAGCAGCAGCAUGCAGCAGCAGCAGAAAGGCUUGGUUUGUGCGGCAGAUUUGCUGCAAGGUCUGAGGUGUACGUACACCGCAAUGUGCGCAGACCCUUCACUCCGGGGGGCCAGCCUUUGAAGUCCAUUUGCACGGAAAAAUAUAUAAUUGUGAUUGAAGAAGUGGAGUUGAAUUACUGGCUGGCGAUGUCCUUUUCAGUUCCUCUUUUGGAAAGUUUGAAAAGCGUCGAAGAAGACACUCGGGAGGAAAUCCUUUUAGGUGUUCUGCGGAACUUCGCCGCAGUCUUCCGGCUGCUGCACGGCCGCUUCGACUUGUUCUUGAAAAACCAAAAAAGAGAUGAACUCAGAGAAGUCCUAAAUGACUUUUCUGCAGCUUUUGUCGAAACAAUUGACCCCAAAAAGCUUUCCCUUUUCCACGCAACAGCAGGAGUCCACUACGCCCCCGCGGACCGCCUGGCUUACCUUUCAGUUCCUUCUUUGAUUUCUCUUUUGCAAAAUAAAUUUCCUUCAAUUUUGCAUGCAGCUUUGGUCAUUAACGGCUGUCUUCUUUACCAGUCGUGA